AUGUCGAGGCCUCCAGCACAUCCUAAAGGCUGGGCACCGGCACCAUCCGUGACUUCUCCGCCUGUGUCUUUCCGACCUGCGACUCCAACACGACAUUCGCCGAUCCACCGUCUCCCGCCACCGUACAUUCCGUGCCCAAAACCGAUGAGACCCACAUCAUCUCCAUUGCCUACUGCUGUGCCACAACCUUAUAGAUACCCAUCACCGUGUCCGUCACCGCAAGUAUAUGAAUCGCCUUCAUUGAUGCCGUCAUAUAGACCUCGAGAAUUUGUGGUGCUUGAAGCUCCAUCACCACAACAGUGGUCAGACGAAGAUAACACGACCGACGGCCGUUCAACUGCAGAAAUAAUUGCUCAACAAUCUCAGGAUUACGUUGAUGAAAAAUUGGCUGAGUAUCAGGCUACGAUUUAUAUGCUACAAGACGAACAGGAGAGAGUGCAAAAGAAAACCUUUGUUAACUGGAUAAACUCGUAUCUGAGUCAAAGGAUACCGCCACUGAAAAUUGACGAUUUGAUCGAAGAUCUUAAAGAUGGUACUAAGCUACUUGCAUUGUUGGAAGUUUUAUCAGGAGAAAGACUGGCUAUCGAGCGUGGUCGUAACAUGAGGAGACCUCAUUUUUUGAGUAACGUAAACUCUGCUAUACAAUUUUUACAAAGUAAACGGAUCAAAUUAGUAAAUAUAAAUUCUGCUGACAUUGUGGAUGGGCGACCUCCAAUAGUUUUAGGGCUUAUUUGGACUAUAAUUUUAUAUUUUCAGAUUGAAGAAAAUACAAAAGGACUCUCGUCAUUGAAUUACUCUUUUAGUGGAAGCACGAGUAGCCUGGAAAGCAUUCGAUCUCCCACGAUGGAAAUUAAUCGAAAAGCUGAUGGUGCUAAAAAGACAUUGUUAAAGUGGGUUGGAACCGUAAUACCAAAGGAGAGUAAUAUAAAAGUAAAAGAUUUUGGACCAAGUUGGAGGGAUGGCAUAGCUUUCCUCACUAUUAUAGAUACUAUACAAACAAAUUUAAUUGAUAUAACUACUUUGAGAAAUGAAACAAACCGUACCAGACUAGAAACUGCAUUUAAUGUCGCUGAACAAGAUUUAGGAAUCACUCGUUUACUGGAUCCAGAAGAUGUCGAUGUUGAUCGGCCGGACGAAAGAUCGGUUAUGACUUAUGUAGCGCAAUUUGUGCAUAAGUAUCCUGAAGUUCGAAGUGAAAGUGGUGAAUCAAUCGAUAAAAUUCAAAAAGACUAUAAUCUUCUUUUAACAUGGUUAACUGAAAAAACUCAAUACCUAUCUUGGUCACAAAAUUUAUCUCAAGAUUAUUUGGAAUUUUCAACUGCCCAAGAAGAAAUCGUUUCUAUGAGUCAUUUAUAUAACAGACUAAAGAAAAUUUGUAAUUCUGGUUCGUCAAUUAGUAUUUCAGCACAAUCAUGGAAAGAAUUAGAAAAGCUUUGGACGUUAUUAGAUAAUCUUAUGAAAAAUUGGCAAUGGCAGUUAGACCUCUGUUUACCAGAGCCAUUUAAAGUAAUUGGGGAAUGGAUUACAAAAGCUGAGCAGCUCAUAAACGACAACAAUAUCCCAUCUAUCAUGAACGAAGAAACUGCGAUUAUAAUUAGUAGAAAACUGGAAGAUCAUAAAACAUUUUUUGCUGAUUUGCCUGAAGUUCAACAAAAAUUCAACGAGCUGUUGGUUAAAACUAAAAACCAAAACAAAGAAGUGCAUGAACUAUCAAGACGUCUCAAUAACAUUGAAAUAGAUUCACACAAACGGCGAACCUAUCUAAAAUUUUUAGAACACAAGUGUUGUUUGAUUGCAUUUUUAAAUUUGACCGAAAAUAAACUAAAAGCAUGGACUGUUAAAUAUGGCCGUCAUCAGGAUGUUUUACUGCUUCUCGAGAAAUACAACAAUUUCGUUAUAGGAAAUAAUAUAUUUCAAGAAUUUAAUAAGGCGUUCAUAGAUAUGCAAAACGUUGUACAAGAGUAUAAACAUGAAUGUCGUAUAGAGUAUAAAGAAAUGAUUGCAAUUGAAAAAUUCAUGAGACAAACUGCUGAACAAUGGAAAAGUAUUGCAAUGGAGCUGAGAUGUGCACAGAGUAUGCUUGAAGAAGUAAUAUCAUACUGGAGACGGUGGAAAUCAUUAUCUGAAGAUAUGAAAGCAUGGUUUGUGGAUGCUGUUGAAAAAUUGAACUUGCCACACGAGCAACGGAUUGAUUUUUUUCAGGAUAUUGGUGUCUGGAAGGAAAAAUAUGAAUUACUUAAUGAUACUGUAAGCUUUUUAAUUGCAACAUGUGAAGAUUCAAUUUGUGCUGAAUUAAAACACGAGUUCCAAAGUAUUACAGCUAUGUGGGAAAAAAGCUAA